GAGAAAAGGAGUGGUGCCUCUGCAGAAUUUGCUGGAAUCGUCUAGCAUCGAUACCAUUAAAAAAAAAAAAAAAAAAAAUUCAAUAAAUAAAGAAAACAGAAGGAAGCCAGAUCUCAGAGGCAGCUGCAGAUAUUUCGUAAUUGAACAAAAAGAUAUAAAUUAAAGCUGGGAGAUAAAAGGAAAAAAAUUAAAAGAAAAACCUAGAUAGCUAACUAGAACGACGGAUGACAUGGAUCGUCGUACGGACGUCGAGAUGAUUGAAACGGAGACCGUCACGGCAACUCAGCCACGCCAGGACCAAGUCGACGUUGCAACAGAGCUACUCACAUUGGCUCGCCAGCUCAUUAAUCAGGGCAAGCCUUCUCAGGCGCUGCAGGCCGUGGUGAUGGCCAUGAGAACCAAAGGUGGGGAGGAAGCUGUGUUUCUGUCUCUUCACCGUGCUCGUGAACUGUACAGAAGUAGACUGCAAGAAAACACAGCUGCAGAUCAGCUGGCUGCUUUAUUUGCCGAAUGUGUGAUUGCUGAAGCUCAGCCUUUAAAUGUUGAACCACCACCAUGUCCUGUUGUUGCUCCAUCACUUGCUGCUAAUGCUGAUGGAACUUCUAUACUUGCUGAAACUGGUCGAACGCAAAUUGUGUUGGAUGCAUAUUCAGAUGGAAGCAGCUUUUUCUGUUUACAGUGUGGGGGUCUUGUUAGUAACCAUCGCAAAGAUGAGCACUAUGCGUACUGGUGUUGUAAACUGUGAUGCAGAGUUAUGUGGAAUGGAUAUUUGCUUGAACUUGAUCUGAUGCACCUCUAGAAAAUUAUUGCCAUGCUGUUGCCCUCCCUGUACUGCCAUUGACUGCAUAUAGUCUCAUUACACACUAUUGCCAAGUAUGCCGUGUCUGGUUAUUCACAGAUGAUUGGCCGAUUUAGAAAUUAGAGGCAUCAGCGGUUCGAAGGGAAGAGGAUAGUGAAAAUUUAUGCCCCUUUUAGAGUAUUUCAGAAUCUUGUAUUCCUGCAGUAAUGACCAUUAUAAAAGAAAGCGAGUAAUAUGUUAUCAACAAAUGGUUAUAUCUCA